AUGGCAGUCAGUUCAGCCCUCGAUACAGAUCUACCCAGGAAUGUCUAUCUUCUAUGGAAAGCUUUUAUGAUGCCCACCGAUAAAGGCGGCAAACUAGCCAUAUCAGUAGACGAUAGCACAGGCGCAUACUUUCUUUCCGCAUACACAAUAAUCCUUGGCUCGAUGUUCGGGUUUUUCUGGCAAUUCAUCACCUACCUGAUCAUCACAUGGUACCCAACAGAAAAUGAUAGCAGGGUAUGGUCUCGAAAAGAUCGCAAUGAUUUCAAAAAGGAUGGCACUGGUAGCAAGCCAUUGUUACCGGAUCAAUUGUUGGAAGUUCGCCGAAACAAGGCCAACAGGUAUAUCGCUCUCGUCAGCAUUUGGAAUACAACAGAUCCAGCCUCAGCCAUGCUAUUGUUGAUGGAGCACGCUUGGAUAAUGUGUAAAACAGUAGGGGAUCAGGCAACAUGCAUGUUAGAUGUUAUGGUUUUACUCCUAACUGCAGGAUUUAUGAUCUCUGCUGGGGCCGCCCGUGUGCUCAUCGCAUCAACCCUUUUUAUAGGCAACGAAUCUCCAAUGGGCAACGUUGCUCCUGUGAAUCCCUCAAAUGUGUUCUACUGGUUACCAGGAACGACCCGACCGAUGAUUAUCGAAGCAUUUACAUUUGGUGUAUCCUCGUCCCAGAGAGCUGCUGGUGCUAUAGAAUCAAUUUCCGACGAGACGAGGCAAAAAGUUUCGAUCGUCCACGAUAAGCAGAGUAUUUCUUACAACUACACCAUAACGGGUGUAGAAUUCGGUCUACAGCAUGCCAGUUAUCUAACUUUCCCUGUCCGCGGGAAAUGCGAGCUUAUUUCCGAUUAUAUAGACACAUUAACCGAUCCUGAUAAUGACAUCUAUUAUUAUCCAUAUCUCCCCAAUAAUGUAUCAAUACCCGCAAGACUGUCCCUCAGAGCACCCGUCGUAGCUGCAGAUUGGGCAAGGGACCACAAAACUGGCACCCUAACCGGAAACUCCUCGUACAUUUUGCUUUUCGAAACAGUUAUGCAACAAAGUUUUUACAACACAACUGAUCCAGUGUAUGAGACCGAAUUAGUCGAUGCCGACCCAAACUCUCCGCACUAUAGAAUCAAGCGAGGCAGACCGUUCCUUCAUUGUUAUGAGCAAUCAUAUUGGGCUUAUAAAGAUAUUAAGAUUUAUAAUCCACAGAAUAUCGACCAACUUCCCAACAGUGUGGUUCCCGGAGCUUUGAGGGAUGAGCUUAUCCCCUUUCAUUUUUCACAGUCGAGAUUCCCCAAUCUAGUGAGGACUCUUGGAGGAGCAGUUCUCGUUUCUUCUUCGAGCAGCUACGGCGGGGUAAUCGACGCGGCUUCAGCAAGUUGGCACAAAGACAUGGAGCGUUUAAUUUACGUAAACUACGUGUCGUCCCGGAACGCCUUCCGAGAUUCGGCCUCCUUAACCACCUUACUCAAAGAACGCCCCGAUAGAAAUGCUGCCACAGAAAAUGGAGUUCCAAAACAGGGUCUCGGUGAUAUAGUUGUGGGUACCUCAAAAGUCACGACAAUGUCAAUCGUUGUCCUCAUUGUCAUUCCAGUCGCGUGGAUAUUCGUUUGGUGUAUCAUCACGAUCUUCAGAUGCAAUAGAUGCACAUCCCGAAACAGCGGAAAAGCCUCCCGAUUCACCUUGCGAGCGGUUGGACUUCAGGCUACACAGAUGUAUAGACUUCUAGACGAGGAAGUAUGCGGUGAUCGAGACGACUGGCAAGGCAGGAAGACGCAUAUGCCCUACAUUCUCAAGGCAAAGGGCCCUAAAAGUCCAAACCCUAUGGCAAGUCCAGUGAGUUCCGACACGAUAACGAACUCCCCAUCUCCUCAACUGAACCCUCCAAUUCCUCUUUUCGCUGCCCCUAAAGUCGUGAAAGAUGAGAAGGAUCAGAGGUACCAUCUCAAAUUCACCGGACCAUUGAAUUACGAGGCGAAAGUGGAUAAAAAAGAGCGUCUAUGGAAGUGGAAAUAUGUCGCUGGUGAGCCUCUCGAAGAAGCUAGGACUCCUAAAGAUAAGGUUUCUAAGCUCGCUCAGAACUUUGAUGACAAGGGUUUAACACGCUAG